GAAGGGUUUCUACCUGUCGAGUUCAAGUCUACUUAGUUUGGACACCUCGACAUUUUUUUCUUCACUUUCCCUUGGUCCCAACCAGGCUAGAGUCCCGACUAGAAUUUCUGACGUUUAAUUUUCGCCUGUUUUCACUUCUCAUCAGCCGACAAGGUAACUGCCGUGAAAAAAGAAAAAAAAAAGUUCGGCUGUGCGUCGCGGUUCAAUCGUAUAAAUCGAGUAUAAAUAAAAAGUUGUUUUUUAUUUGCAAUAUUAUUUAAUUAAUAUAAAAAGUAAACUUUUCUUUUGAAAAAGAUUAUUGUGGGUAGUCUUUCCGUUGUUUUAACAAGAUGGGAAGGUUCCGCAGCCUGUUUGCCGAUGCCAAAAUGUGUACGCAACGGUGCAGUCGCACAGUACACAUGAUUGCCGCAUCCAUGGAAUCCAGUUCAUUCGAACUUGUUGCCGACCGCCGAUGGUGGUACCUACCGGAAACAAAAAUGCUAUUGCCAUCGCUUGACGCAGAUAGGACGAAGUCUUUCCAAACGCAUUUUAUCAAUGAUCGUAGCUGGACUAGGUUUGUCGUAAUUGAUAACAGCAGCGGCCGCCAACCGAUAGGAAAAACUGACCACCAACCGAUAGGAAAGAAGUUUCCGGAGAAGGAAAUCAGCAGGGAGGACGAUAAUCACCUACGAAGGAAGUCAACGAUCCAGCUGUGUGACGACCGUAAGGAAUCUUCGGACCCUUCGGAAAUGAAAAUUUUGAGAAUCGACCUCUGCAUGCAAAAGGCGAUGGAAAUAAUCCACGAAGGUCAGUAACACCGACGAAUGCGGUCUAUGCACAUAUUUUAAAAAAUAUUGACAGUUGUAAAUAUCUUUUUAUUGGUAUUACGUCUUAAAUGGGACAAAGCCUGUUUCUCAGUCUGUUCUAUGAGCACUUCCACAGUUAAUAUAGGAGUUUUCUUUACCAAUAAUUAUUUUGCAUGUGUAUAUCGUGUGACAGGCACGAAGAUACCCUGUACCCAAGAAAAUGUUCUUUACGAAAAGUUCCUGGGUCGACCGGAAAUCGAAUCCGUCACCCCCAUUGGCUUUCGAUGGCUUUCGUCAGUUUACAUGGCGCUUGCAUGAAUUAUCCGAAUUCUGCGAUUUGAC